UGUAAUUAAAUGAUUUAUCUCCUAGAGUUGGAGAUUGAGACCCCUGAUAUCAAAAUAAUUAUUGGUUUUCCAGUAUGGAUAUGCCAUCAUAAUGAUGGUGUUAAUUAUUGGCAUGUACUCAACAACUAGAAAGUAGAAGUGCUGUCUGCUUAGAACACUUAAAACACUUAAACAUUGAAGUAAAGAAAUCAAAAUAUGACUUUUAUAUCAAGGACUAUAUUACUGGUUUUGGGUGUACUAUUUGUCAUAUUGCUCAUGAAUAAUCUCCAUAAUGGUAUGGGACAUAUGUCUGGGUAUACUGAUCAUCAAAACUUGGAAAAUGUUCAAGAAUUUUUUAAGAGCUCUGAGAAUCAAAAUGCAUCACCAGAGGAAAUAAUGAGGAUUUAUGGCACCUUUCCAUCAACAGAUCAUCCCUACUACAAAACUCAUAAACUACAUUACAUAUACUUCUCAGCUGACCAUGAUGAUUUACAAAGCAAGUUAAAGCAGGACAAGAAGUCAAUAAAGAAGGGACUUCAUGAGAAGUUGGGCUUGAGACGAGCAGAUGUGAUCUUAGCUGGCAUGUUCAAGGGUGGAACCGGGACCAUAAUGCAAUUUCUAAAUAGUCAUCCUCAAAUUGUACAAUUGGAAUCUCAGGGAUAUUUCUCCCAUCAUGAUCGUUAUAUCCUCAAUAGUUUCCAAGAUCACCUGAAGAUCAAAGGAAAUGGAAGUGUUAGAGAUGAUCAACUUAUUCUUGAACGCUGUACUGGCUGUUUCAUAAGUCAAGCAGCACGAGACAGACUCAAAGUCUUCUACCCGGACAACCAUGUGAAGUUUCUUAUCAUGGUACGAGAUCCAGUAGAUCGUUUAAUAUCAGAAUUUACUCAGAAUUUUUGGAUUACGGGUAAGAAUCUAUCAAUUGAGGAGGCAUACUUCCUCCCCAAUGGAAGCAUAAAUGAAGACCACAUAGCUAUACAGAAGAGUAUAUAUGUGAAGCAUCUGGCUUUAUGGUACACUAUGUUCCCAAGGGAACUGAUUUAUUUAGUAGAUGCUGACAUCUUCACAAGGCAACCAUGGGUAGAACUGAACAAAAUAGAACAAUUUAUUGGAGUUGAACAUUUCUUAAAUGAAGACAAGUUUGUUCCCCAUCCAACUAAAGCCUUUUAUUGCAUUCUAAGAGGUAAUGAAACAGAUGUGAACUGUAUGGGGAAAGCAAAGGGCAGGACACAUCCACAUAUCAAAGAUGAGACAAUACAGAUGUUGAAAGAUUACUUCAAAGUCUUUAAUGAGGAGCUAUUUGCUUUGGCAGGAAAAAGUUUUGCCUGGAGCAGAAAUUACUGAUGAUCUGCACAAAUACAUUGUUAAUGCUAUGCCUGAGCAUGAAUUUCAAUAUUAAUCAGUCUAACCAGUUUUGUUUAGUACAUGCAUGCUUAUAUGUUACAUCCAAAUAAACUAUGUAUCCAAUAGUGGGAUUAAUUUUGAAAACACACGCCAAUAGUUCAUUCAUGGAAUGAAGUGUGAAACUUUUAUUGAAAACUGAUAAACUGCAACACAUUGAUAACACUUAAGAUAUUCUGACAUUUUGAGAACCGAAUCAUCCACUUGAUUGUAAUACUUACAACGCCUUUAAGCACAAUGUCCGUCUCUGUGUCUCCAGCAGGAUAAACUACUCCUGGACAAUCUAUGAGGAAUAUACGUUUCAUCAGGGUAAUGUACUGCCAAACCUGCAAGCAACAAGACAAAUGCCAGCAUGUGGUUGCAAGAACAAAGCAAUUGUUACAUUUGGCAGGACACUUAUUUGUUUAUGUACUUCUUGGUGAUCACAUGCCAAUAGUUCACUCCGAUGAUGAUAUAAUUAAUGGAAUCUUAACAUCAGGCACUUGAUAUAGAAAAAUGUCAUAUGAUGGGGCUAUUUAUGCCAUAUUUCUCGCCACAUUGCAAUUUGUGACAAAAUUAACAUGGCAGAGAUACUAUUUGAUUGACAUGUUAUAAGUACACAUUGAUACUAUAUAUGGUUUAAAAUCUAACAAAACGUACACAGGCAAAUUACAUCGGACCCCGUACAAGCCCGUACGGAGCUUGUAA